AUGGUCAACUUUUGUGCUGUAUUUGGAUGUUCAAAUCGUGAAAGAGGAAAAUCUUUUUUUCGUUUACCAAAAGUAGCUUGCAAUCAAGGCAAUGAUGGAAAAUCUGCUUCUCUUUUCUCACAGAAUGAUCCAGAUUGGGUUCCAUCCUUAUAUAUGGGGCACAAAAAGUUUAAGUUUAAGGUUGAGAAACCUAGAGAAAGAUACUUACGACACAAAAAUCGUUCAUUGUUAACAAGUCGAAAUGAUUCUAUGUCUUGUAGAAACAGCAUCACUAAUUUAAACCCUUCUGAAGAUUCAAUCGUAGAUUUGCAAAUAGAGAAUUUUAAAAGUAGUGAUUCAAUUGUCUCAGAAAGUGUUACAAUAGAUAUGACUGUCAAAAAUAUCAAUCAAAUAGAAACUGAGUUUAUAUAUAAAAACAAACUUAAUUAUGAUUUGCGUGCAAAUUUAGUCAAACUCCAAGUGGGAACUAUUGAAUGGUUUGAUACCGAUUCAAAAGUAACAUUUUACACUAUAUUGCCAAAUUUGAAAAAUUUAUGUUAUUUAUUUAACUUCUUAAAGCCUCUUAUAACUGAAAAUGAGAACUCAGUUUUAUCGUACUUUGAAGAAUUUCCUUUGACGCCUAUGAGAUUGCGUUUAAAUCUAUUUAUUAGAGAUUUGAAACUUUAUAAUAUGAAAUAG